AUGUCUACAUCUACAAAAUCUCAACCAACGACACCAGUAGUAGCAUCAACAUUAGAAACUGAAGCAACAGGACCAAUUACUAUCAACGAAAGUGAUAUAUAUUUUGAAAAAGAUGUAUUUUCUCAUACACUUAAAUAUACAACAGGACAUGAAUAUGGAGCAGCUGGUGUCAUUACUAGAACAGGAAAAACUAUUACAGGAUAUGCUUUAAUAGGAGGUAUCUUUGCGGGAACGGAAUCCAUACUCGCGAAUGCUCGUAAAACUGAUGAUUGGGUCAAUGGAGCCGUUGCAGGAUGUACGGCAGGAUUAACAGCAGGAAUAAGAGCUUGUUUCGGAAUGGCAACUAUUAUGUCCGUAUAUGAAUGGGCUGGACAAUGGAAAGGAUUAACUCUUGGAAUGACAGAUGUUAGUAUUUCUUUAAAUAUAAUGGAAAGGUGA